UGUCGUUUUUGGCGAGGAAGGGAUAAGAGAAUGCACUCCUCUGAGCCAGAGUAGCAAGAAUCAACUAUGGCGGUUGCGCUCUGUGGAGUAUGGAUGCCAAACCCUACGCUCUCAGGGAAUGUUCUUCCCUCCCAAAUCAAACCAUCAACAACGGCUCUCGCUGCGACACCUCAUCUUGCCUCCUCAUCCACCAUUCAGAUUGUUGGUGGAAAAUCUCAUGGCCAGUAUGUAAAUGGGGGUGUCAGUUCCAAUAGAACUUUUGAGGACAUCUCAGAAGAAAGUUAUUGGACCAAUCUAGAUGCUGAUCUUUACCAUUGGACAAAAAAACUGCGCCCUAUUCAGUGGUAUCCUGGGCAUAUUGCAAAAACAGAAAAAGAACUCAAAGAACAACUGAAGCUGAUGGAUGUUGUGAUUGAGGUGCAGGAUGCAAGAAUUCCUCUAUCCACGAGUCAUCCACAGAUGGAAUCUUGGCUUGGUAAUAGGAAAAGAAUUUUAGUCUUGAAUAGAGAAGACAUGAUAUCAACUGAAGAUCGGAAUGCUUGGGCAACAUAUUAUGCGAUGCAAGGAAUUAAAGUUGUUUUUUCUAAUGGGCAACUUGGAAUGGGAAGCAUGAAGUUAAGUAGAUUAGCAAAGACAUUGGCUUCUGGUGUGAAUGUUAAACGAAGAGCCAAAGGACUACUGCCUCGUCCAGUUCGAGCCGGAAUAGUUGGGUAUCCAAAUGUGGGGAAAUCAUCUUUGAUAAAUCGGUUGCUGAAGAGGAGAAUGUGUCCUGCAGCUCCCAGACCAGGUGUUACAAGACAACUGAAAUGGGUUCAAUUUGGGAAAGAUUUGGAGUUGCUAGACUCUCCUGGCAUAAUUCCAAUGCGGAUUAGUGAUCAGUCAGCUGCAAUAAAGCUAGCAAUAUGUGAUGACAUUGGGGAGAGAUCGUAUGAUGUUGCUGACGUUGCUGCAAUUCUUGUACAGAUGCUGACAAGGAUUCCAGCUGUCCAAAAGCUCUCUACAACCGUUACAAGAUUGAUACAGAUGGUCUCUGUGGUAACAUAUUCGUUCAGAAGCUCGCACUCCAAUUGUUCAAUGGAGACACUCAUCAAGCAGCAUUCCGCAUCUUGACAGAUUUCCGAAAAGGUAAAUUUGGUUGGAUUGCAUUGGAAAGGCCUCCUGGGUAAUGCCAUUGGAUCUUUGCUUUCAAGACAAGGAUUUCUAGGGCUUCUUCUGAUGAAAGCUUCUUUGAAAUGUCUGAAGACACCAAGAGGAUGACGGUGUGUACAAGCCUUGAUAUAUGUAAAGGUGCCUAAAAGUAAAAGCCAAGUCCAUAUCAUUGUGAGAGAGCAUUGGUUAAGGAGAUGGUUGGGAAGAUUUGGAAGGCCCAUACUCCUAGAUCACAUGCAAGCCUCCCCACCAGAUGAUGUGAGUGGUACCCCUAAUUUGUAUGUCAUUGUUACAGUGUCCUUUUCCUCAGUUGUAAUUAUAUUUUCAUGUGGGUCAUAUACUGAGAAUUUUGGUGAUUAAUUUCUUAGAGGGAAAAAGGUUGUCAGGUGUACCUUGUCCAUACAGUAUAUGGUAUAGCCUUUGCCCACUCUGUCGUUACACCAACUCCCACAUGUAAGAAAUGAAAAUUUCCAUCUAUAUCCUGGCAAUUUCAUCUCCUAAUAAGUAUUCUUUUC